AUGAAGUUGGACACCCCGUACAAUCCACUUCUCACCGCGCCAGCUGACCUGAACCACGCGCCGGGCUUCCUGCAGAGGACACUGGUAUCGGUUACUGGGGCUUUGCCCACACCAUCGCAAAGCAGUCCACAGGGUGGUUUGCUACCCAUCUCACCUUCAGCUGUGAUCCAUCGGCGUGUCGUGCAAUCGCCUGUGGCGACUCCGGCUUUGACUCCUUCUCCAUCGGGCGCUAAAUGGGCAAAGUCUGCCGGUCACAUGGGAGGAACGACAGCCAUCCCCGCUUGUGUUAUUGCUGUACCUUCGCCCACGAGAGCUUUGGCAAUUUCAAGCACUACGUGCACCACGGAGGCCACGCAGCAGGCAGAGCCACUGGAUGACGACGAGGAGGAUGAUUCCGGAUCUGACCAGGUGGUCCCAGUGCACCUUCGGAAUCCAGAGGACGCGCCGAGGGCUCCGGCUGGAGCCAAACAUCCAUCACUGGGCUCGGAGGGCCAUGAUGAGGGCGGCUGCAAGAGGUGCUGCUUCUUCCCGCGUGGACGCUGCACAAAUGGGUACAACUGUGAGUUCUGCCAUUACGAGCACGAGAAGAGGAAGCGAAAGAACAAGAAGAAGAUCAAGAAGAAGGAUGGUACACCAAUGGCUGGGGCCAUGUUCCACCCCCUGGACUUGAGGCCACCGCAGAUGCCCCCUGCACAGGUUCCUCCAGCACCGCUCGUUCUAUCGCAAGCUCUGCCAAUGCAGGCAUGCGUGCAAUCCUAUGCCGGCUACCCCCCUGAAGCGGACAGGCCUGUGAAACCACUUCUCAGCGUCCAACCUGUCCAAACAUAUGCUGGACCGCCAGCUGAGCAGGCCGUUCCUGGCCAGCACAUCAUCUACGGGCCAACGGUAGCAUGCCUCAGGGAACACUCGCGCUUUGUUGCAUUCGUUGCAGUGGUUGGCCACAAAGGCCGUUCCUACCAUUGUCAUGACGUCGCAGCCCAGCCAGCAGAUGCCAGCGCAACCUGUGGUGGCACAACAGCACCUGCCUCCGCCACCAGCGCAGACAAUGCCUGCCCACAUGGUGCCAACAGCACCAGCACCUUUGCCCCCCCACACAGUACCCUCGAUGCAGACAAUGCCUCACACGGCACCAGCCAUCCCUCCAAUGCCCCAUGCAGCCCACACCAUGGCCCAAACGGCACAGCAGCUGCCGCCCGUGGGCACCUUGCCACCCCACAUUCCGCCGCACAUGGUGACACAUGCAACUGCACCAGCUGCAGCUUUCUCACCUUAUCAGUAUCCCUAUCAAGCAGCACCACAUCAUCAGGCUUAUGGCGGCGUGCUGGACCCGACUCCACCGCCGCCGAUGCAGUCUCCGAAGCUCGGGCAGGCAGGCUUCCAGGCAUACAUGAUGCCUCCUCCCAUGGGUUCGCCCAGGCUGCCCAUGUCCACUCCUCAGUUUGGAUGGUUGGGAGACGCCGGGCCUGGAGGUUCACCGCCGCCCUGUCACUCUGCGGGCUGGCCGUCAACUGGCGCCUGCCCCGGGCAGAAGUGGCAGUCAAGGAAGGAGCUACCACCGUCGCAACAGGUGCUUCUGGGACUUGUUCGGAGGCCUUGACCGCAGGGCAAAACCGGUUUGACGACGCUCUGCGGGUAUGGACUGAGACAUCGGCCGCGGGCCGCGGGAUACCAGGCUUCGGCAGCGUAGCGGACAGUGCUGAGCAGGCAUCUUUGGCCGCCUUCGAUGGAGCAGCUGGCCAGCAGGGUUCCUGCGAUGCCCAGAGAAAGGCUUUGAAGGAUCGGAUCAGAAAGGAUGUCCUCCUGAUUUUUGCCCAGCAGCGUGUCAUUGCCGAGCGCCAGGCACAGGCUGACCUCAUCAGGACGCUGAUGAACAAGAUGACUCAGCGUGGCGGCCCUCUGCGAAUCCAGGAGAAGAUGGCAAUUCUAGAGGAGACCGUGGAGGCGUACAAAGCCUCUGUUCGAAAGCUUCAGCCCUCGUGGGCAGAAGGCCAAGUCGACUCCGAAGAGGCUGCCACGGAGCGCCGCCUCGGGGAGCUACAGUUCUCCGUGGAGGAGAGCGAGGAAGGGUUGACUUUGCAAAAGAAGUGGGAAGAUCGGCGCAUGAGAGACUUGAUGAGCAAGCGUGCGUAUGGUGUCUCAGUGUCCUUCGAUCCAGCCUUGCGAGUUCUUCUACGCCCAGAAGGAUUGGGAAACUUGCAGGUCUUCUCCCAAGGGCCUCUGGGUCCGCCGAGCCACCCCGCCAACGUGAACUUCGGUGUCAUCAACGAUGCAUCGAUGCCAGAUGUCUACCGAGAGCAUCCCGUUCCACCUUUCUUGGCUGUGCAGCCGGCGGUGAACGUGAAUCUGGGGACUUUCUCAGCGGUCUAUGUGCCAUAUCAGGACAGGUCCGCUGUGAGUGACUUGACUUCGUCUGAUAUGCUGCAAGAGGCUAGAGUGACACGGCUGGAGCUGCAGAGCGGCCCCGUACAGGGCUCGAAGUGUUCGGGAACUUUCAUGGAUGGAGGCGGGAUGAAAGGAAAGGGAUGGAGUUGUUUUUUUUGCAUCUUUAGUCAGCUGUGA